GUAAGCUAGUGUCUGAGCGGUGGGGAGGAAGUGGCGCCCGAAGUGGGUCCGCACCUUUUCCGGUAACACAGCACCGCGGGGCCGAAGGGAGAGAGCGAGCGAGAGGGGCGAAGAGAAGCCAGAGAGCGGGGAGAAACGAUCAGGGGACUGCGGGGUGGACAUUAGCCGCAGAGGCGGGGGUUAGGGUAAAAGAGAGAAGAAAGUCGGAUGAAUUAGUGACAUUGUCGGCCCUUGUUCCUCUUCAUGUCCCGCUGUCGCGGACCGAGGGGGAUUUUGAAUCCGUUUGUCCGGGAAAAAACAGUAGCAGCUACGCAACCGCCGCGGUGAAUUUCGUCGACAGGCCCCGGAGCGAGUGUGGACAACUGGCGGCCGAGGAGGAAGUGAGAAGCCUGGGCUUUGGACUGGGCCUGCCUCGGUGGAAGAAGGCGUCGAGACGUCCGUGGAAAUGUUGGUUCUGAAGGGCACAGGUUAGACUGAGGCACCGUCACUGUUACCCUCAAAGGGCUAUACACACACCCACUCAGGUCACUCAACACACUGUUGCGUCCGUGAAGCUUUUUUAUUUUUUUUUAUUACCGUUGUGAAAGUAUUUAUGCGUGUUGAACACGAUGGGGAAAAUGCUGUCAAAGAUCUUUGGCAACAAGGAGAUGAGAAUAUUGAUGCUUGGACUUGACGCCGCGGGCAAGACCACCAUCCUGUACAAACUGAAGCUGGGACAGUCGGUCACCACCAUCCCCACUGUGGGCUUCAACGUGGAGACGGUCACCUACAAGAACGUCAAGUUCAACGUGUGGGACGUGGGCGGCCAGGAUAAGAUCCGUCCGCUUUGGCGACAUUACUACACGGGCACGCAGGGCUUGAUCUUUGUGGUGGACUGCGCCGAUCGGGACCGCAUUGAUGAGGCCCGCCAGGAGCUCCACCGUAUCAUCAACGACCGUGAGAUGCGCGAUGCCAUCAUUCUUAUUUUCGCCAACAAGCAGGACCUGGCCGAUGCCAUGAAGCCCCAUGAGAUCCAGGAGAAGCUGGGCCUGACCCGCAUCCGUGACCGCAACUGGUACGUGCAGCCCUCGUGCGCCACAUCUGGCGACGGACUCUACGAAGGCCUCACCUGGCUUACCUCAAACUACAAAUCUUAACCCCGCUCGGAGAUGACGCCACCUCUAGCAAUUAUAUCCUCCUUUUAAUUCCCAUUUUUGAUCACUCACUUUUAGGAUUGUAAAGGGGUGGCAGGGUUUCGGUAAAUUUCCAAGUCAAGUUAAGCUCAGAAAUUUGGGAAAUGCAAUUACCGGGGUUCACUGUAUUCCAAAUUGGAAACUUUCCAUGGAAAUUAACACACACACACACACACACACACACACACACAAAAAAGACCAAGGGAGAACUUGAAAAACUAAAUAUGCUCGCAAAUCAAGGCACACUGCACUUAAAUUUGGUCAGGAUUACGCUACCAUAUAUUUCCUCUAAUAAUGUUAACUAACCUAUUUAGAGCCAAACUUAGUUCUCUUUCAUUCGCAGAUUUUUAUAUUUAUUUGCGUGAACUGGAUCUCUCCCCCCGUUCUUUCACUUUAUUUUUUUUUCUUUCAUGGCACUUAAAAUGAGUGUUGUAUUCCCAUUAAUUUCCGAGGAAAGUUUCCAUCCCAGAACCUUCUUCCCUAAAACCCCAAAUUUAUUAUUUACUUUGCUUUGCUCUUAUUUGCAAAUCUACCACGGCGACAUUCAUGAAUCUCGCCACGAGUAUUCCGCUACGUAUCCAAAGUUUGAGAGUCUUUUGAGGACAGAACGUUUGCCUUUAUCAGCAACAUUUUCCCGGACAUCAACAACAAGUGAUUGUACACUUUUUGGACAUUGGACAUUCACACACUGUGAUAUGGAUCUCUCUAUUUUUUUUUUUUUUUUGCUCAUUGUCUCACACAGAUCUUCCAUGUUUGUAGUUUCAGAUGCCUUAACACACACAAAAAAGUUUAUUUUUUCAGGGAAGGGCUGUUCUCUGCUGCACUUGUUUAGUUUGACUGACCUUUUCGGACCCUGCCAAGUGUUUACCACCUCCAUUUUGGUGCUCAAAUGAUCCAUGUUCCUCUGUCAUCGUCACGUACUUUUGUUUUAGGCUCUUUUUUUGCUGUGCUGAUUUGAAGUAAUAAAACAAAAAACCUACAUGAUUACAUCCA